AGAUUUUCUUCCUGAAUGUUUCUUCAACUGUCUCUGAUGAAAGGGAAAUAUUUGUGAAGUUAUAAUGGAUUUUACGCAACAUCAUAAUGAAAACUGGCCUCAUAGCAGCAUUUCUGUUUGAAGUGAAUAAGCAUAAUUACAAACAAUCAUGACAACGUCUCACAUGAAUGGACAUAUCACAGAAGAUUCUGACAAUGAAGCAAAAAAUGUGGAUCUUGCAUCUCUUGAAGAACCUCAGAAGCACAGAGAAAUGGCUGUUGAUUGCCCUGGGGAAUUGGGCUCCAGGAUGAUGCCCAUGCGGCGGAGCGCUCAACUGGAGCGAAUCCGUCAGCAGCAAGAGGACAUAAGGCGCAGACGGGAAGAAGAGGGAAAGAAACAAGAACUGGACCUUACUGCUUCCAUGAGGCUAAAGAAACUAGCACAAAUUCCUCCUAAAACUGGAAUAGAUAAUCCAAUGUUUGAUACAGAAGAAGGAAUUGUUUUGGAGAGUCCUCAUUAUACUGUGAAGACACUAGAAGUGGAAGAACUGUUAACUUCUCUUAAGCAUAUCCAGCACGUUUUGGUAGACCCUCAGAGCCAAGAGGAUCUCUCUCUCAUUUUACAGCUUGUUCAGAAUAGUGAUUUUCAGAAUGCAUUUAAGAUACACAAUGCUGUUACAGUGCACAUGAACAAAGCCAGCCCUCCAUAUCCUCUCAUCUCCAAUGCACAAGAGCUAGCUCAAGAGGUACAGAGCGUUUUGAAACCCAGUCACCAUAAGGAUGGCCAGGAGCUUAAUGCUUUGCUAAAUGCCCCUCAUAUGCAGGCACUUUUACUGGCUCAUGAUAAGGUUGCAGAACAAGAAAUGCAACCAGAGCCUAUGACAGAUGAAAAAAUUUAUGAGAAUGUUGGCGUGUACGGAGGGGAGACGGUUAAAAUAGUUCGCAUUGAGAAAGCUCGGGAUAUUCCUUUGGGUGCUACUGUUCGCAAUGAAAUGGAUUCUGUUAUCAUUAGUCGAAUAGUGAAAGGAGGUGCUGCAGAGAAGAGUGGGCUGUUGCAUGAAGGGGAUGAAGUUCUGGAGAUUAAUGGCAUUGAAAUUCGUGGAAAAGAUGUUAAUGAAGUUUUUGACUUAUUGGCUGACAUGCACGGAACUCUGACCUUUGUAUUGAUUCCCAGUCAGCAGAGCAAGCCACCUCCUGCAAAGGAAACAGUUAUACAUGUGAAAGCACAUUUUGACUAUGAUCCCUCUGAUGACCCUUACGUCCCCUGCCGAGAGUUAGGCCUGUCUUUUCAAAAAGGAGACAUACUCCAUGUGAUCAGCCAAGAAGAUCCAAACUGGUGGCAGGCUUACAGAGAUGGAGAUGAGGAUAAUCAACCAUUGGCAGGCCUUAUCCCUGGAAAAAGUUUUCAGCAGCAAAGAGAAGCUAUGAAGCAAACCAUUGAAGAAGACAAGGAGCCAGAAAAAUCAGGAAAACUCUGGUGCGCGAAGAAAAACAAAAAGAAACGGAAAAAGGUCUUAUACAAUGCAAAUAAAAAUGAUGAUUAUGAUAACGAGGAAAUUUUGACCUACGAGGAAAUGUCGCUGUAUCAUCAACCAGCAAAUAGGAAACGGCCUAUUGUUCUGAUGGGGCCACAGAACUGCGGGCAGAACGAGUUGCGGCAGCGACUGAUGAAUAACGAAGCAGAUCGCUUUGCCUCUGCGGUUCCCCAUACUACUCGGAGCAGAAGAGAGACCGAAGUAGCUGGCAGGGAUUACCAUUUCAUUUCCCGACAGGCAUUUGAGACUGACAUAGCUGCAGGGAAGUUCAUUGAAUAUGGAGAGUUUGAAAAGAACCUCUAUGGUACUAGCACAGACUCCGUGCGGCAAGUAAUCAACUCUGGCAAGAUAUGCCUUUUAAAUCUUCAUACCCAGUCACUGAAGACACUACGUAAUUCUGACUUGAAGCCAUAUAUUAUAUUUGUUGCACCACCUUCACAGGAGAGAUUACGUGCUUUAUUGGCCAAAGAAGGGAAAAACCCAAAGCCAGAAGAGCUGAGGGAAAUCAUAGAGAAGACAAGGGAGAUGGAACAGAACAAUGGCCACUACUUUGAUACAGCAAUUGUGAAUUCUGAUCUUGAUAAGGCAUAUCAAGAGUUACUUCGGUUAAUAAACAAACUUGACACAGAACCCCAGUGGGUGCCCUCUACCUGGCUACGAUGAGAGAGCAAUUCAAAUGGACUCCCAUCUAGUAAUCUUUCCAAGGAGACUGUGUAGGUCUGCCCAAUUCUAAAAUAAAUGUGUGUGAGCUCUAGACCUCAGGGGCUGCAUCUUUGCCAGUGCAAUUGCAUAUUGUUGAAAAAACAUGCUGUUCAGCUUGUGAGCUGAUUAAACUGAUAGAAAGAUUGUCCAGGUUUUCUUUCUCUGUGGUCUAGAAAUUGAGAUCUUGACAGUACUAAAUUCUAAAGCUUUAGAUAGAUAUUUGUAGCAGCUACUUUUAUACAUAAAUCCACUUUUUAACCUAGAAUCAUCCUUAUGAAAUUAAAGAUUUUAAGUGUGUGUGUGUGUAUAUACAGUCCAUGCUGUCACAUAGUUAUAAAUAUGUAUGUUAUUUAACACUUAACUUAAUGACUUUGUGGGA